AUGCCGCCUAGGGCUCCACUUAGUGUUAUAUUUAAGUUAGCGGGACAGACACCCCUGAGCAUAGCUGCGAGCGCUGGACAUGAUGCUAUAGUGAGGCUGCUCCUGAAUCACGGAGCUCAGUUGGACGGCUGCGAGGAAGAACAAACCUGGACCCAACCAAGCCCUCCCGUGGUGAAAGCUCUUCUUACGGGCCACGAGAGUACCCUCAGGCUACUUCUUGAACAGGGGGCGCAGACAGAAGGUCCCGGCAUGUUAUUCGGAGGGUUGAUCAACUGUGCAGUGGGUUCUGGUCAAAUGCCGAUGCUGAAGCUUCUUAUCGGAUUCGGGGUUGAUAUAAACGCUAAAAUCAACAGAGCAUAUCCGUUGGUUUGGGCAGUGCGCCGAAAGCCAAACUAUGCAUCCAUGGUGGAAGUCCUUCUCGAUAAUGGAGCGAACAUUGCCUUGGUUGAUGAUGACGAAGGAAGACUGCUUCGUGAAGCAAUUUACAACGGAACCCUUGAAACACUCCAUUUGCUUCUAAAACAUGGAGCAAACUAUCACGAGAGAAUCUUCUAUUCUGCUAUACACGAUUGCACACUCGAGUCAGUCCGCCUGCUUCUAGAUCAUGGAGCUCGGGUUGAUUUCGAAUCCCUAAUGUGUGCUGUGAAGUCUAAGAAUUGCGACAUACUGGAGCUACUUAUUGACCAUGGACUUGAUCUCAAUCUAAGAGAUUCUAAGGGAUGCACUAUUUUGCACCGCGCUGUUCGCUGCUGCGGAAUACCUCCACCUACAUACCGACCAGUCAUGUGCUGCGGUGGCCCGGAUCUAUCGGCUGUUCGGUGUCCAACGGGACCUAGUCCACCACAUGUCGCAGCGUAUUGCCGGCGCCGAGGAGAGGAUGCCGGCACUGCAGAAGAUAUCGUGAGGUGUCUUAUCCGACGUGGUGCAGAUGUGAAUGUUAGGGAUAGGAAGAGGCAAACACCACUUUACUUUGCUUGGAAAUAUGCUUCACCUGCUGUGCAGCAGUUACUGUUGGAAAAUGGGGCUGAUUGGGCUGUUAUGCUUAUGAUAUACUGA